ACAAAGCACACACUUCACAACAUUACGCAGACGGAACAACAACGUGAAAACAGUGCGCUUGCCAAAAUAGUGCGAUUUUUCUAUACGAACGGGAUUUAUAUACGAAAUUGCAGUUUAAAUUGAUUAAAGUUUGUCGAUAACACCGGCCUUCAACGAAGCACGAACAAUAAUUGCAAGUUAAAAAGUGAAAAAAGGUCUCUCUUGCAAAAGAACUUUCUGUGUGCGUGUGUGACUCUCCUCGAAGUGCCAGUGGUGUGUGGGAAGACCAAAAAGGCGAAUCCGUCCAACAUGGAUUACGAGGAGCUUACCACGAUGGUGGAGGAGCAAAAUCAAUCGGAGCGCAAGGAAGGUGGUAAGCGAGGCCGCAAACCGGGACGUAAAGUGUCCAUCGAGAAGAUCGAUAUGAAAGCAAAACUCGCAGAACGCAGCCGGCAGAGUGCUCGCGAGUGUCGUGCCCGGAAGAAGCUGCGCUACCAAUACCUGGAGGAGCUGGUGACCGAUCGCGAGAAGGCCGUGGUGGAGCUGCGCCGAGAGCUCGAGAAGCUGUACAACUGGGCGCUGGAGGUGGAUGCUGGCCGCUGCCCGGACGGUUUGCAGGAGCUGCUCGAGGAGCUGGGCGCCAUGAAGCAGGAGUAGUGCCGGUAGUGCACGCAUACAAACUCACCACGCCCUAGCGCGUCUGCCUUGGUUGUGUUUAAGUUAAACAAAACAAAAAAGUGAAUCACUGUUGCUUCCUUUCUUGAGUAAUAAGUUUGGUGUUGACCUCUCUGGUGCACGUAGAGAAAGAGAGAGAGAGAGCUGUUGUGUUCGUCGAGAUCGAACCGUGAUCGUCGUUCACCGCGACGAUAGCGCUCAGUUCGUGUGUGUUGCACAAGUGUUCCUUUUUUUGUCCUUCGUUUUUCGUUUCCAUAGUUACGUUUGAGUAUUUCUGUUCGUUGAGCAUUUUGCCAUAAAAAGAAUGAGCCUCCGCACCAGUGCGCGAGGAAUAGGAAGGUGAAGAAAAAAUACAUAAAAAACGGAAAAAGUAAAAGUAAAGAUAUAAAAAAACAAGGAGGAGAGAUAAAACCAAUCUGCAGUGGUUAAUACAUGACUUAAAGACAGUAGAAUCCAAUAGAGAGAGAGAAGGGAGGGAAGCGAUUACCUCUGUUUAAGGGAUGGUGAUGAACACUACAUGUAAACCCCAAAUACACAAGCUCUUCAGUGUAUGUGUGUAUAUUAUCAGUUAGUUUUAUGUAAUAGGAUGGUACAAAGCAAACAAACAAAAUACACAAAACACAUAGGUUUCGAAUGGCCUGCAUGGUAGUGGGUGAGGAGCAAACGCGUUACAUAUAUUAGGCAGGUUAAGAUUAUUAUUACAGGACUCAUUGUGUUAGGUUUUACUCUGUGCGAAAUAAACACACUCAAAAAAAACGAGCUCACAUCGAAAGCGGCCGUUAAAUUUGGUUGCUGCGCCCAAGUGCUGCGAGGGCAGCAUUCGUUUGAAAUUUCGAACAACUUUCAUUCCUGUUUGUUCGCCGCGUUGCGGUGGCCCCCCCGGGAAAGAGGCGUAAUAAUUGCGCGUUUUUUAUUGUCUCCUGCAUCUUCAGAUGACGAAGGAUUAGUUUUGCGAGGAAUUGUUUGCUUUUGUACGCGAGAGAACCAGAAAAACAAUAUUUUUGUACGAUAUAUUUGUGAAUUCUACUAAUAAAGUAAACACUUUCUUCUAACCACA